AUGUCCUUUAAAAAGAAAAAAAAGCUCUGGUUUUCGUUGUGGGGUGGAACUGGGAAAGCCCAAAGAGAGCCCACGCGCCCCUUUAUCAGGGCAAAAUGCGGCCCAGGGGUAUUUUACAUCAUUUCUGAUGGGGCUGGCGGGAAGCCUCGAAUUGGCAGGGCCACGCGACACCGCUGCAGAUGUGAAGGGGCGCUUGGGUUAAUAAUAUCCCGUGUCUUUGGCUCACUGGGAAUUGUAGGUCGGUUGGAAAAACCAAACGCCCAGAUAAAGCGAGUGAGAAUUCCGGAAAAAGACUUUGUCACAUCCCACCCGCGGUGGGUAACAAAUAUUCCCCGAAGGAGUACUGGAUAUAAUAUUGCACUUGUGAACAAUCACCUGAGGAUCUUGCGUUCACACCUCCCUGCGCAAGGCUUAUGA